CGGCCAGCUGAGCAGCUGCGCAAGGCCCUCAUCUCGACGGCUCUCGAACGAAGUCUGCUGCGCACAGUCGCAGCUCUCCCGCUGCGCACUUCUCCCCCCUCACGUCUAUAAGAAGCGCCCCUCCUCGCCUCCCCAGCCGCGCUCUUCACGACACCAUGACCACGCCCGCUCCUGCCCGCGUCUCAAGCCCCACACUCUCCGGGGUAUCGACGAACUCGGACUCGUCGCUCUCCAUCAUCGAGUGCGAUGCUCCGGCGCCACGCGAAGAUGUGAGACAGGCGGGCCACCGAUGCCCUCACUGCGGCGCCUCGCGCAACGCAGCACAGGGCAUGCAGCGACCGUCGCCACAGCCGAUGCAUCAUGCAGCACCGCCUUCGCCACCGGCUCCUCGGGCACCUCAUGGACACGGGCUUCCGCCUCCGCCUCACGCCCAUCGGUCAUCGCAUCUUCAUCACCAUGGAGCACGCGGCAGACACGAGCACAGGCACGAGCCUCGUGCGGACGAGCCGUGCGCCCGCUCCCAAGGCGGACCUGACCACGGAGCGCGAGGCUGCGGUCAUCCGCACGGCCGAGGACGAGGACAUGGACGGAUGAGCGCUCAUCCUCAUCACCACCAGCGUGGUCCUCCCUUCAGUCCACACGACACGGCCGCUCACUGGCCGACGCACGACAUGCGGCACCUCUUCGCCGCACUGCACGCACACGGUCCUUUCCAUCGACACGCGCAUCAUGCUCCAGCAUCGCAUGGACCGCAUCACGGUGCCCACCUGCAUCGUCCAUCGCCUCCUCCUUUCCCACCGCAUCUCUUCUUCGGUGAAGGAUGGCACGGUCCAGUGCAUCUCGCGCCGCACCAUCCUUGCGCUCCUCAUGGCGAGGAAGGAUGUCGACGCCCGAGCCGUGGUCAUGGCGGACCUCACUUCGCGCAGCGUGGCUAUCACGGACAGGACAGUCCUCACGGCCACCGAGGCCAUGCGCAUCGCCAUCUUGCUGCGUGCAUGUGACUUUUCUCGAUUCGACCUUAAGAACACGACGAACAAGCAAUGAGAAGAAGCGAUACGCGCUGACGAGUCGCUUUGUACAACAGCAAGAGAGGAGAGCACGAGGCACGACACCGGAGAACUGUACCAUAGCCACGAGCGAGCGAGCGAGCGAGCGACGACGAUCAAUGACGAACCU